AUGUACAAUUAUUAUAUUAGUGUAUUGGUCACUGUAUUGUGCUUUACUUCAACCAAUGGCGACUUUUUUGUAAGUUGAAGUAAAAGUUAUAUAUAACUACUAUAUAACAUCAUAAAAACUUUGUCAUCAGUCAAUUUUAGCUCUAAUCGACAUACGAUUUAGUUUUAACAACCCAUUGUACCUAAAAAACGGUUGAUUUUACGAGGAUGUUUGGGUUAAAAAGUCGAUAUUAGGGUAUAUGGCUUAAAAUCGAUUUAUGACAUUUAAGAGAGCACAGUAGCCAUAUAAUGCCAUUUCUAAUGUCAUAUAACGAUAUUUUAGGGUGACAUUGUAGACACUGGUAGUGAAGUCAUAGGUGACAUUGGAGAUACCGGCAAAGACGUUUUCAAUGCAGUAGCUUGUGCUCCUUGCAUUGGACUGGUCGAGUUGUUCUUCUGGUUGCUUGAGAACUCGGAUACUUUUUACGACGUGAGUCAAUCUACCCUGCCUUACCUUUUAAGCCCUUUUUAUUACUCUACAGUACCUUAUUCUCAAUUCUCAUACUCUAUACUAUCCUGCCUUACAGAAUUUUACUCAUGAGUAUCAUCAUACCUUGAUGCAAUAUUAAUUUGUUUUAGUUGGUCGACUGGGCUUGUGAUCAAUUUACCUAUGGAUUCAUUUGUACUGUUGGCCUAGGGUCGGCUGGCUUGGCCAGUAGUGUCCUCACUCCACAUUACAUUUGCACCUCCUUAAUUGGCUCUCCAGUUUGUAUGCAAAUCGACAAACGGUCGAUUUCCGACAUGUUUAACGGAAUUGGCCAACAAUUUGACAACUUUGACCAAAAUGAAAAUUACGGCCAAAGGCAAAAUUAUAACAAAAACGGCCGAUUUGACCAAAACGAAGAUGCUUUGGCCAUUUUAAGUCGAGUCUUCAACGAUUCUCGACCGAUUUAUACCAAAAACCAAAAAGAAUUUCAAGAAAUAUUGACCAUGCUGCCAAUUCAAUCUCUGUCUGAUGUCAAGCCUGCGGUCGAUAAUUUCCAAAAGGUGUGGCCAGCUUUUCGACCGGAAGAUCAACAAGACCUGAUCAAAAUGGGUCAUGACUUUAAGCAAAAUGUGAAGAAUGUGCCCAUCGCACAGAGUUUGGACGAUUUGAGAAGAAUCAGCCAUAAGUAUAAUGGAGCCUUGGACAAUAUGGCACAGAGCAAUGGCCAUAAACCAGCACAACAAGACUUUUAA